AUGCUCGUCAACGGAGUCAAAACCGUUCCCAUUGCAAGUUCGGAACCCGCAACAGAUCCGGACAGAGCCGAAGUGCAGACAUUGAACCGUGGAGGCUCCCCCAGAGGAGAACGCAAGCGUCCAUACCACUCAGAUCAGGAUCGUAUGCUCGUCAACGGAGUCGAAACCGUUCCCAUUGCAAGUUCGGAACCCGCAACAGUAGUUGAAGAUGUAUCCUUAGCUCUGCCUUCAUCAAAAAGCUAA